AUGGUCGAAAUGGCAAGCGAGGGUUCCGCCCUCCCCAUCACCGUUGAGUUCACUGGUGGUCUCGAGCUAUUGUUUGGCAAUGAGCGCAAGCACAAUGUCACAUUACCCGCCCAAUUAAAAGAUGGAAGCCAACCAAAUAUCUCUUACCUACUGCGGUACCUGGUCGAUAAUCUGAUGCAAGACCAGCGGAAGGAAAUGUUCAUCGUGGAGGACAAUGUUCGACCAGGUGUUCUCGUACUGAUCAAUGAUGCCGAUUGGGAACUCGAAGGCGAGGAAGCGUAUGAACUUCAAAAGGGAGAUAACAUUGUAUUUGUCUCAACACUGCACGGUGGCUAA